UUUUUUUCUUUAAUAUUUUUACUUUACUUUCUUGGGCAGCCCCUUCCUUCCAAAUUGUUUUCUCAGCUUGAUUGAGUCUCAAAGUCUGUCUCCUGCAUGUCUUGAACAGCUGGAGUGGCUCUGAACUGAGAAAGCAGACAUUGAGCAAGGCUGGACUGGAUCCUGGGAAGACCACAGACUUCAGGAGAAGCAACAUGUCUGUCUGACCUGCGAUGCUGGGAGCUCAGGAAAGCUAAUGCCACUGCAGAUGGCUUCUUGCAGCCUUGUACCGGGACUGUGGUUCCUGCUGCUUCUCCAGGAUAUCCAGGGAGCCCCACAGCCAUCGCUCACCUCAUCUCGUUCCUGUGAUACACUCAAGAAUUGGUUCUAUGAUGAAACUUUACAAAGGUGCUGUUACCAGUGCCCCUCAGGGUAUGCUAAAAGGAAAGCAUGUCCCAUGGACCCAGAUGAAGACUGCAUGAGAUGUGGACCUGAGCAAUAUCUGAACGAAGAAUCCCAAAAGCCACAUUGUGAUGCUUGUGUGUCAUGUGCAAAAGAAUCUGACCUUGUGGAGAAAGUGCCCUGCUCCUUCAAUUCUAGCCGCGUGUGUGAGUGCCGACCAGGUCUGUUCUGUCAAACCGCUGUUAAGUACACCUGCAUGCGAUGCCAGCAGCACACUGCUUGCAAGCCUGGUUUUGGAGUCAAAGUCAGAGGCACCUCAACAACUGAUGUUUCUUGUGAAGAAUGCCCCCCUGGGACCUUCUCUGACCAAAACUCCAGCACUGACAUUUGCAAGCCCCAUACUGACUGUGCCAAGUUAAACAAAGUAGCACAAAGCAAAGGAAAUUCCACACAUGAUCAGAUUUGCCUGGACCAAUUGCCCACCUACCUCACCCCAGGCACUUUCUCCACCAGAUUCAGCAAUGAAACAAAUAACUCUGACCUACUGAGGCUUGAGGCAAACUUGGUCACUAUUUCUAGUAUUCUUUUAAGUGCUGCAACAACUGAAAACCCCAGUUCUACUCCCAAGGAGAAUGCUCCGGCUGGCACUCUUCCUACCUCAGACAAGGGGGAGACAACAACAGGAGUAGGUCUUGUUUGGGGAGUGGUUCUCUCUGUGAUGCUGCUACUUGUGGGCAUGCUGUUGUUUUGGAAAUGGAAGGUUUGCAAGAAACAAGUCUUCAUCCUCAAAGGCAAACCACAUCUCACUUCACACAAAUCGAGGAUCAGAUCUCAUGGUUCUGAUCUGGUGAAUGGUAUUCCGAAACAGAUCACUUUAUUUUCCAAUAUCAUGCUGACUACUGAUCAAGGGCCAGAAGAGAAGGAGCUAAUUGACAGAAACCUUCCUUUGGAAACCAAUAACAACUUGGUUUCCAGCACAGAAAAAGCAUAUAGUCCUGAUUUGAGUCUGACUGAUGUGACACAGAGCAAUGGAAAUGCCCCAGAUUGCCAUGUCGAUUCUCGAGUGAGAGACCACACAAAUAAUCGAAUUGAAAAAAUAUACAUCAUGAAGGCCGAUACUGUUAUUGUGGGGUCCAUUUCAGAAGUGCCUGGUAACAAGAACUGUGCUGCUAGAGGAUGUGAAAGUGAUGUUGAUAUCCAGGAAAACAUGGAAGAGGAAUUGGCGAUGCACUAUCCAGAGCAGGAGACAGAGUCUUUUCCAGGGAAUGAUGUCAUGGUUCCUGUGGAAGAGGAGGGAAAGGAAUUCCAUCACCCCACCACUGCCACUGAGAAGUGAUAGCCCACCAAGAAGGCGUGCAGCUACAAAAACACCCAGUGUGACACUAAGCCCAAGUCUAAAACAAGGGAGGUAAACACACAGUGUCUUAAAUAAUCUGAAAACUCAUGUAAAACACCAAAAAACAUUCAAACAAGGAGCACUAUAACCUAUUUCAUCUAACUAAUGAGAGGAUUAUCCAAACCGCUGGCCUUUGUAGAUCACAUCAAAUAUUUUCUCUUUCCCUUGUUCUCCCAGUAUCAUGCUGGAAACAAAUUUGAAUCAAAGCUACAAAAUUCAGAGGACUUCUGGAUGCUAACUCAAGUUUCACAGCUUGCUUUCUGUGUGUGAAGGAAUGGAUCAAAACCUAUGUCUGAUUACUUCUAUUAGCUAUUAAAAUUCUGGCCAUAAUUCCAAGUUAAUCUUGACACCCAGCCAUGUUUCACAUAUUGUUUCUGUUCUUCUUCUACCAACACUUCCAAUUUUGACACAGAUUUUGCAGCAUCUAGUAUUUUUCUUAAGGUCUCCGCUCUUGAAUGAAAGUGAUGAUAAUUUCAGUUUUCACUAACAAAUAGGACUUUAGGCCAAUCCUUUGUUUUUGUCAAGUCUGAUUCAUGUUUCUUGACUAUUUCAAAUCAUUAGCGAGCACAGAAAAUGGACUCUUCUGAUGGAAGCCAAACUCAUUUGGAUGUUGAAUGAACUAUGGGUUUAGGCCAAUGUGAAAUCUGUAAAAAGGAAAAACUGGUUUUCUACAAAUAAUGAAGGACUGAAAAAUAGGCUAGCAACUACUUCUUGUCGCAUUGUCAGUAUCUGCUUGCUUUAGAAGAACUGUUCAUAAUCAUCAGAGUGACGCUGAAUUGUAUAUGUUCUUUAAAACAAUUCUGUUUGGUUUUGUGGUCAACUGCCUUGUGUUACGCAGUUUCUCAAAGUUCAUGCUGCUUGUUUGAUAACUGUAAAUGUAAUAGUGCUGACUGUGUUUGCACAGGACAGUGGAAAAUGAGCAAGAUGACAAAGUGUGCCGUAAUAGUAAAAAAGGAACCACAAAAACAAUUACUUGCUUUGUAGUUUUACCCUGGACAGAGUACUGUAAUAACAGCUGUGCAACUUCAGUGUCUUUUGUCUUAGAAGAAACAAAAGGAACGUAAAGGCAUAAAAAACACCUUCUUGAGCAAGACUCCCACGACAAGUUAUCCACUGUUUUAUCUGUGACAGUUGCAGUAAGAGAUGCUAUUUAGGUAGAGAACAUAAGCCCAGUUAAUAUCUGCUUUCAUUCCUCAUACUUCUGCAACAUCAGCUGUAAUUGGAUUAAGGAUGUUAAAGAGUUUGUCCCAGCCUUUAGAAUUCCUCUUGUUGCCAUUAAUUUUUCUUACCUCUUCUGAAUUUCCUAGUAUAAUCUUUCUCUACAAUCACUCUGUGAAAACAGAUUACAGAUAGUUUCAAUUCACCGUAUAAAGUACUGUUACUGUUUUUGAGAUGACCUCUAUUCAGUGAGUACUACUAGUUCUUGUAUUACAGAAUUUAGUGCAAUACUGAGUUGCCGUUAUAAUACUUUAUUGUCAUUUCCCCAGCAUCCAAGCUGAGUUCCUAUCUUUUUAUAUUUCUUGUGUAAGUCAUCUGAUCCAUUGCCUUGGUGAUGUUAGCUGACCUCUUCCUUAUCUCCUCUAACUUCACUGUGUUCUUCCGGAGAUCUGGAUACCAGAACCACAUGCUGUACUUAAGAAGAGGGUAUGCCAAGGUUCUAAAUGGUGGCAAAAUUAUCAUUUUUAUUUUGUUCUCAGCAUCUUUCUAGAUGAUGCCCAGCAUAUAUAUAUAUAUAUAUGUAUAUAAUAUAUGUUUUUUUUUGGGGGGGGAGGCUGUCCUUGCACAGAUGAUUUCAGAGAACCAUCAAGGAUGACUCCAAGAUCCCUUUUCUGAGCCAUAGCUGAUGGCUACUAAUUCAGCACCAUGCAGGCCUGGUUUAGAUUAUAUUUUCCUGAAUUGUAGAAUGGUUUGGUUAGAAGGACCUUCAAGACCAUCUAAUUCCAACUCUCCU